AUGGAGGAGUUGGAGGCCAAAGUCAAGAUGCACGAACAGCGUGCCUCGCCGUUGCUGUCCGCUGCCGGCUCCUCACCGCGCCCACCGCCCAUGGUCUCCCCACCGCCAUCUCCAGACAAUCGCCUGCUCGCCUCCAGUCCAUCGCCUGCAAGUUCUUGUGCCUCGUGGGAUGGCCGGCGCCACGAACGCUCCUGGGCCUUCUAUGACCCUGAGCUCGCCAGCUACGGCAGCGCACCCAGCCCCAGGCGCCGCGAUCCCAAGACAAACAGCGGCCGAGUCGACCGGGCCAGUCGCAAUGCCCUUGGUACUUCCGUGCCCACCGAGUCGGAGGAGGCCGUGGUGAAAGGACCUGGUCGGACUGCCACCCCAACGUCGGCCUCGCUCGAAAGUCUGCCCGUUGCUGGAACAGACGCGAACGCCAGCCGGCGACGACAUUUUCGGCCUCUCCCAGAGAUGCAUCUCCCACCGACGUCCGUCGACGAUUUCAUUAAUGCGGAAGCUACCGUCGCUGGUCAAUUUGCGCCACCCUUACCACAGCCGGCCGUCUAUUCCGCGGACAAUCUAGUCCAGGCCGAUUCCGAGGAACAAUUCCUAGACGAGCUUAGACGGACUCUUCUCUGUGAGUUGGAUUCGAUGAAUAUCGAACGUUCCAUGUCGAAGCACACCCUGGCUAUGAAUGUGCCGUCCUGGCAAAACCCCUACGUACAGUCGGCCGAGACCGCCGAUUGCAGCCAGUGGACUUUGCCCGACCCGCCCGCUGCCGCCGCGUCCGUGCAACAACAGCAGGACCAGGUGGUGGACGAUGACUCCAUCCAUGGGGCGGGAGGCGGCUUGGGUCCCAGUCCCUGGGGGGCAAGUGUCGAGACUCCCGCGUCGAAACAGGAGAGGGCGAGUUUCGUCGCCGACGGUGCCGUCUCGGUCGGCUUCCGAGACUUUGACGAGGCCGUCGAGGCGUAUUACAACUCCCGAUUCGGUGAACUGUCCGACCCCUGUACGAUGCAACGACUGAGUCGCAGUAGGCAUCUGCCCAAGGUGCUAGCCAAAGUUCGACGAGCGGCGCAAGGGUGGUCAGAAGCGGAGCGACGUGGGCUGGAGCAGGAAAUGGUCCGAUGUGCCGAGGAGCUGUUGAUCGAGGAGUGCGAUCGUUUCCACGCCGUGAAGCAAAGAGACAGGGACUCGGGUGAUGUCGUCUCGACAUCCUUUGACGCUUCGUCCACCCCAUCUCUCCCCGACCUUGACCUCGAAUCGAACCUCCAGAGUCGCAGCACGUUUGACGUUGACUGCAUGACCCAGGCGCCCAAUUUGUGGGCCCUGGCCGUCGGUCUCUGCACCAAGGCCAACGGUUUCGCUUCAGAAGAUCGCUUGCACGCGGCCUCGAGAGUCGUGUCCGCGAUCUGCGGGCCUGCCUGA